AUGAUACCUUGCUCUGAUGAUGUCCGUCAUAUGAAGCACGAAAACUUAGCACCUUUUCACCGGAAUCGGAAGAGAUUGCCUCGGAAACAGCGUCAGCAUGAAUGUUCCAGUAAAUCAAGAGGAAUCCGCCGUCGUCUUCUGGUGGAACCGACCUUCGAAUCUCUUCACCAAACACUUUCACUCGAAAUGGAAAUAGGCCCAAGAAUGGAGGGAAACUUCCUGCAAGAGGCAAUGCUAACCCCCAAAUUGUGGGCUAGAUACAUGAAUGACUACAUCGUCAUCUGGCCUAAUGGUAAGGACGGUUUAGAUAGUUUCCUACUUUCACUCAAACAACGUGAAAGGAGCAUUGAGUUCACGAUGGAAAUGGAAUAG